UUUCAAUACAAUUUGACGAGCAAACCAAAGCCCUUUGGUUGUGUAUUUCUUUGCUAAAUUUCGAUGGCGCUCAUCAAAACCGUCCUCAAACUCGACAUUUCUUGCCAAAAAUGCAAGACCAAAGUCCUCAAAGCUGUUACUAGUCUCGAAGACGUGGACAAGGUCGAAACAGAUGAAGCGAAAGGGACAAUUGGCGUGAUCGGGAAGGCGGAUCCGUACAAGAUAGUUAAAAUUACGAGGAAGGCGGUUUCCUCGGCCGGCAAGGUUGUUGAGGUGGUGAGUAUUGGACCGCCGCCCAAACCCGACGAGAAAAAGCCAGAGGACAAGAAACCCGACCCGGUACCAUGCAUAUGCACAUGUCCUCCCUACCCGCCUUAUGGAUCGUCGUACAUAGUCGUGCCUUAUGAAACCCAACCUUCUUGUUCUAUCCUUUGAAUUAUGAAUUAUUUGAGUGUAUAUUUGUAAUUUUGUAGUUUUGAAUUGCAUUUGAUUGGUAAUGUUUUGAGUUUAUUUUGUUAAUAAAAAAAGAAAA